ACCUACGGCAGCUUCAAGGUGAUGUACACCGUGGGCUACUCAGUGUCGCUGUGUGCGCUGCUCCUCGCCCUGGCCCUGCUGCUGGGCUUCAGGUAGGGGCCAGGCAUGGCCGCCUGGCUGGGGGCAGGCAGGGGCCAAAUGAGGAACUACAUCCACAUGAACCUCUUCGCCUCCUUCAUCCUAAAGGGCGUCUCCGUGCUGGUCAUUGACGCCCUGCUCAAGACCCACUACAGCGACAAGAUCGACGACUACAAUGUGCACAUCUGGCUGAGUGACGAGGCGGCCGCAGGCUGGCGGGCAGCCCCGGUCUUCAUGCAGUACGGCAUCGUGGCCAACUACUGCUGGCUGCUGGUGGAGGGCAUCUACCUGCACAACCUCCUGGUGGUGGCCGUCUUCUCUGAGAGGAGCUACUUCACCCUCUACCUGUGCAUUGGCUGGGGGGCGCCCGUGCUGUUCCUCAUCCCCUGGGUCGUCGUGAAGUUCCUCUACGAAAACAUCCAGUGCUGGACCACUAACAACAACAUGGGCUUCUGGUGGAUCCUUCGCUUCCCCGUGUUCCUGGCCAUCCUGAUCAACUUCUUCAUCUUCAUCCGUAUCAUCCAGAUUCUUGUCUCCAAGCUCCGCGCACAUCAAAUGCGCUACACUGACUACAAGUUCAGGCUGGCCAAGUCCACGCUAACGUUGAUCCCACUGCUGGGCAUCCACGAGGUGGUCUUCGCCUUUGUCACAGACGAGCAUGCCCAGGGCACCCUGCGCUAUGUCAAGCUGUUCUUUGACCUCUUCCUGAGCUCCUUCCAGGGGAUGCUGGUGGCCAUUCUCUACUGCUUUGUCAACAAGGAGGUGCAGGCAGAGCUGCUGAAGAGGUGGCAGCGCUGGAAGCUGGGGAAGGACCUAGCAGAGGAGUACAAGCACACCUACAGCCACGCGCCCAGUGCCCGCAACGGCGCCGGCAGCACCUGCGAGAAGCACCAGCUGGUGAGUGGCUGCACCAAUGGGCUGGGACAUAGCCCAGCCGCUGCACGCCCUGGCACCCACUACCUCGAGAGGGCCGGCCGCAGCACUGCUGAGCACCUCGCCCUGGGGGACCGGGACCACU